AUGCAUGCACUUGCUCCUGCGUCCGUACACGCACCCUCGGGGUCAGGAUCUCCUGUCGUGGGGAUCCCAGUUCAUAUUGAAACUCCAGCUGAUUACAUUGGAUACCCAAUUCCUGACGGUAAUAACCCUCAUGUUCAUAUAGGUGGAACCUCAAGUAAUCCCACUCCUAAUCCAGAAGAUUUUCAAAGUGGACGAUUUGACAGUCCUAAUCUAUCCGAUUUUGAAAGUGGACCCUUAAAUCAUGGCAGUCAUAAUCCAUUCGAUUAUCAAAGUGGACCCUCAAUUCAUGGCAGUCCUAAUCCAUUCAAUUAUCAAAGUGGACCCUCAAUUCAUGGCAGUCCUAAUCCAUUCAAUUAUCAAAAUGGACCCUCAAAUCAUGGCAGCCCUAGUCCAUACGCUCAUCUAGUUGGGUGGGAAAGUCCUCCCAGUCCUUCCGCAUUUAAUCAAAGUGGGUGGGAAAGUCUUUCCAAUUUUCCUCAAGGUGGCUGGGAAAGUCCUUCCAGUUUGCCUCGAAGUGUGUGGGAAAGUCCUUCCAAUUUUCCUCCAAGUGGACGGCAAAGUCCUUCUACACAUCAUACAAAUGGUUGGGGAAGUUCCCCCGCUUCUCCCUUAUAUAAUCCAAUUGGGCGGGCAAAUCCUCCCACUCCUCCCUCAUAUCAACCAAGUGGACGGGCAAGUCCUCCCGCAUACCGUCCAAGUGGGAACACAAAUCGUUCCAAUCCUCGCAAUACUCCCCCCUAUCAUUCAAGGGAGUGGGAAAGUCCUCCCGAUCCUCCCGUAUAUCGUCCAAGUGCGAACACAAAUCCUUCCCGUCCUCCCCCAUAUCCUCAAAGUGGGCGCACAAAUCCUUCCCAUCCUCCCCCAUUGCGUCAAGGUGGGCGCACAAGUCCUUCUAGUCGUCCCCCAGAUGUUCCUCCCGGUGGUUUAAUGUAUAUUGAAGUUCAUGAAGUCAGUCCUUGGGAUGAAUUUCGUGAAUAUUUCCAAGGGUUUUUCUCGUCAUCUGAAAAUCACAUAAUCAGGGAGUCAGUCUGA